AUGCCUCUUUCCAAUUCGGGUAUUCUCCGCGUGGCUGCCAGCGUCAUUGCAACCAUAUGGAUCGGAUUCGGCGUCAACGCCAUCCUACGUCCGGACCAUGCCCUCAGUUUCUUCGAGUUCCAGCCGCCUAGCUCUGCACUGGACAAGCAGAUGGUCGAUAGUCUAAUGGCCAUCUAUGGGGUCCGGGACAUCUUCAUGGGGGCUGCCAUCUAUACAGCUUCGUACUUUGGUACCCAUUCUACCCUAGGUUGGAUCUUGAUUGCCGCUAGCAGCGUUGCAUUUGCAGACGGGUUCAUUUGUUGGACCUAUGGCGAGGGACAGUGGAAUCACUGGGGCUAUGCGCCAAUGCUUGCCGUGGGCGAGCUCUCGCCACGCCCCGCGAUGUCUCCCAAACAGAGGAAGAAGCCCUCCCGCCAGAAAAACCCAACCCCCGAAUCCUCCGCGACGUCCCCCAUAAAAACAACAAAUUAUCGAGAAAUCCACCAGACAGAGGCCGAGGCUCUGCGCUCAAUAUAUGGUGAAGACUUUGAAGAAGUCGAAAACAGGCGGUCGGCCUGGCAGCAAUCCUCCGAUGUGACAUUCAAGCUCCAUUUGCGAUCCUCCUCGAAUCCAGACAUACUACUCAUUCUAUUAGUUGAACUACCUGCUACAUACCCUAAAACAGUCCCUAAUCUCUCGCCGGGGAACCUCGAUGGCUUUCGCGAUGGCGCGCGUUCCAGAAUACAGGACAUUCUCCGCAACAAGCCGAAAUCUUUACUUGGAAGUGAAAUGAUUUAUGAGCUAGCGGUGUCCAUUCAAGAUGUUUUGGAAGAUGUUGCUCAGGCACAAGCACAGGAUAAAGAUUUACCGAGUCUUGAAGAGGAGCGUAUGGAGCAAGAGGCGGCUGCCCUUCAACGCGCAGACCUGGAAAAGCAAGAGGAAAUUCGCAAACAGCAAGCUGCGGCUGCCGAAGAAGAGCGCGCAUUGCAAGAAAUGCUCCAAGACAAGAUGCGACAGCGGAAUAAAGCUCGCAUUUUGAGACGAAAGAGUCGAACUGGUGGUGCGGAUUCAAGUGAUGUCGAUGAGCUUGUGGAAAAUACCCCAGGCGCCAUCUCCUUUGAUCCCCCUCUUGUCAUCAAUGACGCCGCAGGGAAAAAGACGUUCACUGUCAGGCCUAUUGCGCCUGAGCACCGAUGCCACGUCCCACUGCUCGUUCUGAAGGAAAUUUGCGUUAGCGAACAGAGCUCUGAAGGAGUGACAUUCCGAGAGCAGAUGCGUACCAGUGAGGAUAAGUUGGAGGGCAUUAAGCGUUUGCGACACCCUAAUCUGGUUGAAUUCGUGGGUUUCAAAAUCAAUCGCCCACUUGGCCACUUCGACUCACCCGAUGAUUCCUGGACUGUCCUUGCACUUUUCGAGUAUUCAAACAAAGGUUCCCUUUCCGAGCUUCUUGAUAUUGUGGGGACCGUGGCCGUCGACAUGCUUCGCGGCUGGAUGAUUCAAUUGCUCGAGGCUUUGGAAUUUUAUCACCGCAGCGGGUUUGUGCAUGGAAACAUUCAUUGCGGCCGAGUGUUCCUCUUCCGAAAUCCCUCUGGAGAAACUAUCGUAAAGCUACAAUCUAGUGUUGAAGAGGCUUUGCCUGACUCUUGUUAUGGAAAUCCCUCUUUGGCAGCGUCGAAAUCACCACUGUGGACACCCCCAGAGUUGACGGAGGAGAGCCCACCAUCUAUGAAGACCGAUGUUUGGGACCUUGGAAUUGUGCUGCUUCAGAUGGGCUUUGGAAAGGAUAUCCUCCUUCGAUAUACCUCUGCGAACCAGUUGAUGGUCUCCAUGGGGCUCUCACCACCCCUGCAAGAUUUGCUUUGCGAAUUCUUCCGUCCAGAUCCCAGGAAGCGCCCAACUGCUUUCCAACUCCAACCGUCUGAAUUUUUCCGGGUUGAUGCGCCGUUGAAGAUGCGAGAAAGAGCAUCGGGAUCUGUGUCGCUGCAGAGGCGGCCGCGGCUAGACUCUUUUGGAGGUAUGCCGGCCUUUUCACGAUACCACCAAGACUUCGAUGAGGCAGGCCAGCUGGGCCGUGGCGGAUUCGGACAGGUAGUGAAAGCCCGGAACAAGCUUGAUGGUCGGUUAUAUGCAAUUAAGAAGAUUUCUCAAACAUCAGCUGCGGCACUGAAAGAUACGCUAUCUGAAACCAUGUUGCUCUCCCGACUGAAUCAUUCGUAUGUUGUCCGGUACUAUACUGCCUGGCUUGAAGAGGACUUCAAUCAUAUCGAAGAAGAGGCAAUGUCCUCCACCGAAGGUGAUUCGUUCGCUAGCCAGGACAACCACGGUUUCAGUACAGGAGGACUCGAUUUCAUCAGCUCUAGCGGCUACCCAAAGAUCGAGUUUGCCGCAUCAGACAGCGACGAUGAAAAUGACGGAACUUUAUCCGACCCGACUCAUCCAAAGACUCCAGAACGAAACAAGACCAAUGGCACAGACACUUUCACUGGCACUAGUUACGGCACUAGUUACGGCAGUAUAGAGGACAUCGAGCUCAUCCGAACAAGAUCGGGCUCUCAUGCCCGGCCUAUUGUAACAACGCUCUAUAUCCAGAUGGAGUAUUGCGAGAAGCAUACCUUGCGCGAUGUCAUAAGAGAUGAUUUGCACGAUGAUAAUGAGCGUUCAUGGCGUUUCUUCCGGCAAAUUCUCGAUGGCCUGAGCCACAUUCAUAGUCACGGAAUAAUACACCGUGACUUGAAGCCUGACAAUAUUUUCAUUGAUGUUGCAAAUAACCCUCGCAUUGGUGACUUUGGUCUUGCCACAAGUGGUCAAUUUACCACGGCUGUGCGUUCGUCCGCGGCUGCUGACUUUGAAGGAGACUUCACUCGCAGUCUGGGUACGACCUACUAUGUGGCGCCGGAGAUGAAGUCGGUUGUCUCGGGACACUACAACGAAAAAGUCGACAUGUACUCACUUGGUGUUAUCUUUUUUGAGAUGUGCUAUCCACUGCCAACUGGCAUGGAACGUGAUCAAACACUCCGACAAAUCCGAGAAAAGGAUCACACUCUUCCACCUACCUUCCAGCAAUCCGACAAAUUGCUCCAAGGCCAGAUCAUUGAAUCUCUUCUAAGCCAUACCCCGAGCGAACGUCCCACCGCCUCCGAUCUUCUGGCCAGUGGAAAGAUCCCCCUUCAGAUUGAGGAAGAGACGUUCCGACGGGCUAUUGUACAUUUACUGUCAGAUCCAAAUUCACCUGACUACAAGAAGAUUCUAUCGGCUAUAUUUUCUCAGUCACCCAAGAAGUUUGAAGAUAUCGCUUGGGACAUAGACUCGCAUGCGGUACCAGGUGCGAACGAGCUACUUGUUCAGGGCUUAGUCAAAAAGAAGCUGACCUCAAUAUUCCGACGACAUGGUGCUGUUGAGUCAACGAGGCAAAUGCUCUUCCCUCGAUCCCAGCAUUAUAAUAACGGUAAUAACGGCGCAGUACGCGUGCUUGAUGCAUCUGGCAAUCUUCUACAGCUGCCAUUUGAUUUGACACUUCCAAAUGCACGAGCAAUACCAAGACAGGAUCGCUCGCUUGAGAAGACAUUUGCAUUUGGCACAGUCUACAGAGAAUCUACCCAUGGCAGCCAACCGGGAACUUAUCGUGAAGUUGACUUCGAUAUCGUCUCCUACAAUACCCUGGACCUCGCCUUGAAAGAGGCAGAAGUCAUCAAGGUCUUGGAUGAGAUCAUCGAGGAAUUCCCGCCAUUAAGAUCUACCCCGAUGUGCUUCCUUGUCAACCACUCCGAUCUGCUCCAGCUCAUCAUGGAAUUCUGUCGCAUCACGCCUACACAAAUUCCCAAAGUCAAGGAAGUUAUCAGUAAGCUGAAUGUUAGGAGCUAUAGCAUGCAAAAGAUCCGAAGUGAACUGCGGGCUCCGGCAAUUGGUGUUGCUUCAACUUCAUUGGAUGAUCUUGCUCGAUUCGAUUUCAGAGGCUCUUUGAAGGAGACACAGCGCAGAUUGCAGCAUAUCAUGGAAGGGACUGAGUACGCAGAGCGGAUUUCACCAAUCUUCGCUCGUUUGAACGUACUCAUGACCUAUCUGCAGAGUUUCGGCGUGAAACGGAAAGUCUACAUCAACCCACUCAGCAGCGUCCAUGACAAAUUCUACCGAGGUAGCAUUUUGUUCCAGUGUAUAUUUGAUAGCAAACGACGUGAUGUGUUUGCCGCAGGUGGCAGGUAUGAUCGUUUGAUACAGGAAUUUUCACCUAAUGUCCUGUCAAAUCGACCUCAAGCGCAUGCAGUCGGCUUUAACCUCGGCUCGGACCGACUUCGCUCUUCGAUGAUUCAUUACCUGAAAGCCAAGGCUCCGUCAAAAGAUUCCGAGUCCAGUGAGGAUUUGUACUGGGCAGCCCGUCGAUGUGAUGUACUUGUUGCCAGCUUCGACGCAACCGUUCUCCGCACAACAGGAGUCAAACUAAUUGAAGAGCUCUGGUCAAACGAUAUAAGCGCAGAGCUCGCUGUUGACGCCUCGUCCCUCGAAGAGCUGCUGGCAAAAUACAAAGAUUCCAACCACCGAUGGAUUGUGAUUGCCAAGCAAGACAGCAAAGAGCGUGGCUUCAAAGUCCGAAGCCUAAUGCGCAAGGAAGAAUUUGAUCUCCGUCCCGCAGAACUGGUGUCAUGGCUUCGAACAGAAGUGCAAGCGCGCCACCAUCGCGAAGGAACUGCUGAUCUCCGCCAAUCUCGUCAAUCCAGCCAACAGGACGCCCUCGCGUUCCAGGAACGGGCGAACGAUGUGCGCAUCCUCGUCCCUCAGCAUCGAAGCAAGAAGUCGAACCGAAGGAAUAUCGUUGAAUCAGCCUUACUUUCCUCUCGGGAAGUAGCCGAAAAUGCCCGCAACGGCCCCAUCGUUGCGAUCGACACUCGCGACGAAGUCCUUGACGCUAUCCGGAACACGCGUCUCUCAGACGCGGAGAGCUGGCGCAGCGUUAUCCAGAAUGCACCACUGACCGAGCGGAAAUAUCUCAAUCAAGUGCAGGAGAUGCUCAUCGACUUGGCUACGGAGAAUCGCACAGGCGAUAACGCAGAAGGCUACACGAAUGCCUUUAUCUACAAUUACCGUACAGGCUCCUGCGUGUACUACGAUCUGGGACCAUAG